GUGAAGAUUUGGUUUCAGAACAAGCGCUCCAAAUUCAAGAAGCUGAUGAAGCAAGGAGGGGCCGCCCUGGAGAGCAGCGCCUUGACCAACGGCAGGGCUCUCUCGGGCAGCUCGCCACCCGUGCCUCCAGUGUGGAAUACCACCUCCGCCUCCGCCAUUAGGACGCUGCACGGUAGCUCGGUGCAGGAGAGCACAGAUGUGAUGCGGGCCGGUUCCCACCGCUGACAGCUGACGGAGCGGCCCCGAGCACCGCACAACAGCCUGGGAGCAGAGCGAGCGCCGGCCGCGGCUUUGUGGGACAAUCAGAAAAAGAUGUCUGGGGGGCGGGGAAGCCCUCUCCUCUGUCCUGUCUGUCUGUCUGUGUCUGUUGAAAUGUAGGUCAUUUAUUUACUACUCCGAUCUGACCGUUUCUUAAAUUGCAAGGGGGAAGGAAGCUGUACAAUUUACCAGUGCUUCUUUCCCGCGACAUUUUCUGUACCUUUCACUAUUCAUCUGUAUAUUUUUUUGUUGUUGUUAAAAGGGGAAGAUAGGGGGUUUAUUUAUUGAUUUAAAUUACCACUAUGAGAGUGCUAGAAACAAACUCAGCUUGCUGAGUGUACUGCGUGGACGCACAGUUUAAACAAAACCACAGACGGUCCGUCGUCCCGUUCCCCCCCCUCUCCCCGAAUAAAUCACCGCGAGGGAAGGAUGCGAUUUUAACUUUUACAGUAACUUUUAUACUUCGCUGCUGUGGAAAGUUUUGGUCCGAAUGAUUUGCAUUUCUCGAGUAUUUAACAAAGGAAAUAAAUGCACAUUGUUUGGUACUCUGAAGUGGAAUUGCAGCAGCUGCCGGCGCUUUGCUGAGGUGAAGCAAGGCGCAGAGGACGAAACGAGAGCCCGGAGGGCGGCGGGGGGGACCCACCGGGAGGGCGGGCGGGCGGGCACACCCGCGCAGUCCCGGCGCGGCCUCCCCGCGCAAAGCCGGCCCGAAGGUGAAAUGCACAAAUUGACGUGCAGGAGCUACUCGCUGUACAUAUUUUAUUCUUAAUUAUUAUUAUUAUUGUUCUGUAAACAUGUUGCACAAAUUUAGCCUUUUUUAAUUAUUAUUAUAAUUAUAAUUAUUAUUUCUGUUCUGUUUCGUGUGGCUGUAAAACAUGAUGCUUUGUGUACUGAGAUCUUGACAUUUUACUUGUGAAAUUCGGAAAAUGUGAUAAACUGAGCUCGGCUGUGUUUAGUGUUCUAUAUGUCAAAGUUUAGUUUUAUAUUGAGAAUGUUAACUUAUUGCUUUGUAUCUGGGGGAGAAAAUGGAAAAAAACCCACACAAAUCUUUGUACAUAAGUUAUAAAGUUUCUUUGAGACAGUAAAAUUAUGGUUUGGAAAAAGA